UAUUUUGACAAUCUCGACCGUCUCAGUACACCAGACUACAUUCCCUCACUGGACGACGUCCUACGAGUCAGAGUGCCGACCACGGGCAUUGUGGAGUACAACUUUCAGAUGAAAAAAGAAGUCGUUUUCAAGAUGGUGGAUGUGGGAGGUCAGAGGUCAGAGAGAAGAAAGUGGAUCCACUGUUUUGAAGGGGUUAAAGCCAUAAUCUUCCUAACAGCCAUCAAUGAAUAUGAUCAGGCACUAGUGGAAGACUUGGCCCAGAACAGAAUGAGGGAGAGUCUGGCUCUGUUUGAGACAAUCAUCUCCUACCCGUGGUUCCAGGAGUCCUCCAUCAUCCUCUUCAUGAACAAGACCGACCUCUUCAUGGAGAAGAUUGGGAGGUCACCCAUUUCCACCCACUUCCCCGGAUACAAGGAGUUCCAGUUUAACGGGGCUCCAUCAACGGACGGAGACCCUGAGGCCGCGAAAGACUUCAUCAAGACGCUGUUUCACUCGGUGAACCCUGACCCCGAAAACAAACGGCUCUUCCCACAUUUCACGUGUGCUACUGACACGGAGAACAUCAAGAGAGUCUUUUCGGACGUCCGCGAGCACGUGCUAGAAGAAAACCUCAAAGACUAUAACCUCAUGUAGUAGUAUUAUGACUAUAUUAUAUACACACCUAUGUAUGUGGUACAACUGUAUACACGCACUGUAUGUAUGUGCUAUAACUGUUAUCCACACUGCCAUGUGUGUUGUAACUGUAUACGCACGCCCCUAUUAUGUUGUAUAUAGCUCAGUUGUGGACUGCCAUUGUUUUUUCCUUCCUCUAUAGCUGACCUCAGUUGUAUAUAUAAUACAUCACGCAAGGACAUGUUAUAUAUAAGUUUUACAAUCUGAAAGUCUCUCUCUGUCAUAAUUAUUAUCCCUGUCGUUAUAUUAUUCAUUUCACACUGACCCAUUUUUUUCCUUUUCCCUUCUUUCCUUCAUAGAAAGCUAAUACACACACGAACAUAUAGGAUAUUGGAGAAUAUUAUGUACUAAUUUUUACCUGUUAGUUUGUAUAAUAUUAUGUAAUACUUUUAUUCACCGCUUAGUUUAUUUAUGUUUAUGCAUCAUCUCAUAGUGUAUUACGCAUGAUGAUGAUUAUAAUAUU